AUGCCGAAUUCAAAAGAAUUUAUUUACAAUUUACUACAACGAACACGUAUACUAAUUACUGCAAUACAUCGUUCUAGUAAUCUCGAUAAAUACGUUCGAGAUCAAAUUUAUUGUAAACAACGAGAGUCGAACAAACGCUCGAAAGAAGAUAAUACUGAACCUAUAUUGUACAAUGAAUUAGUUCUGGAUUUUCGAAUACGGUGGAGUUCUACCUUCAAAAUGAUACAUCGAUUUAUUAAAUUAAGUUCCAUAUUAAAUGAUGUUACAUUUACACCGAAGAAUAUUGAUGGUAUGGAAUCUCAACAAGUUUUAAAAUUAUCAAAGUUAAUAUUCAGCCAUGAUGAUUGGAAUUGGCUGUCAGCAUUGGAAUUUGUACUUGAACGUUUUGAACAGUCAACUUCUCUUUUAUCUGGUACAACUUACCAAACACUUUCGUUUGGUAAGAUGAUACUAAAUGGUUUGAAGCAUUUCCUAUCGAACCAAAAAUCUGAUGAACCAAUGAUUGCUUCUUUUCUAAAUCCAACGACAUAUUUCUGUUUACAACAAGAUGAAAAAUUCAUUAAAAAGGCAAAACAAUUGAUUGUAUUAAAAUCGAAAGGUGAAAAAUUUGCAUCAACAUCUUCAUUUUCAUCAAAUUCAACACCUUUAACAAGAUCCAUUCAAAAAAUCAUGAAAAAACCAUUAUUGGCAAUAGAAGCAUUUUUGUCGAAUUGGCAAGCACCAUUAUCAUCAUCAUCUUCAACAACGUCAUCAAAAAAAUUAUAUACCGUUCAACAAGAAAUUGGCUAUUACAUUUCUUCUAUUGACAAAGACACCGAAUUUCAAGAAUAUUGGAAUAAAAUUCAACAUCAUUUACUAAUAUUAACUCGUAUGGUUCGACAUUUUUGUAUUAUGCCAAUAACAUCGGUUGCAAUUGUUGUAGUUGUUGUCAGUUUUGUUGUUGUAAUUGUCGAUGUUGUUGUCGGUUUUGUUGUUGUAGUUGUUGUCCGUUUUGUUGUUGUAAUUGUCGAUGUUGUUGCCAGUUUUGUUGUUGUUGUUGUCGAUGUUGUUGUCGGUUUUGUUGUUGUAGUUGUUGUCCGUUUUGUUGUUGUAAUUGUCGAUGUUGUUGUCAGUUUUGUUGUUGUUGUUGUCGAUGUUGUUGUCGGUUUUGUUGUUGUAGUUGUUGUCCGUUUUGUUGUUGUAAUUGUCGAUGUUGUUGUAGUUGUUGUAGUUGUUGUCAGUUUUGUUGUUGUAAUUGUCGAUGUUGUUGUCAGUUUUGUUGUUGUUGUUGUCGAUGUUGUUGUCGGUUUUGUUGUUGUAGUUGUUGUCCGUUUUGUUGUUGUAAUUGUCGUUGUUGUUGUUGUUCGUGCUUCUACCCAAGUGACAACAGAUGAUGAAAAAGAAGAACAACAAAUUGAUUAUGUUAAUAUUGAUGAUGAAAAUCAAAUAGGUGAUGAUGAUUUUGAAAGUGAUGAUUCAAAUUCUGAUGAUACUUCAGAUGGUGAAUCGGCUACUGAUCAUGCUUAUGAAUAUUCGGAUAAUGAAGAUUCAUCUUCACAAGGUAGUGAUGAAGAUGAAGAAUCUCUUGGUCAACAUCCACUCCAUGAUAACUUUGUGGAAAAUGAAACUGAACACACAUUAAUGCCUUAUUCAAAACAAUUUAUAUAUAUUUUACUACAACGAGCACGUAAACUCAUUAAAACAAUACAUCGUUCUAGAAAUCUUGAUAAAUACGUGCGAGAUCAAAUUGAUUUAAAACAACAAGAGGCGAAUAAACGGUCGACAGAAGAUAAUACUGAACCUAUAGUUUAUAAUGAAUUAGUUAUUGAUUUUCGAAUACGAUGGAGUUCCACCUUCAAAAUGUUAAAUCGAUUUAAUAAAUUAAGUUCAGUAGUAAAUGAUGUUACAUUUACACCAAGAAAUAUUGAUGGUGUGGAAUCCCAACAAGUUUUAAAAUUAUCGAAAUUAGCUUUUAGUCAUGACGACUGGAAUUGGUUAUCAGCAUUGGAAUUUGUGCUUCAACGUUUUGAAGAAUCAACAAGAUUAUUAUCUGGUAAAACAUAUCAAACACUUUCACUUGGUAAAAUGAUAUUAAAUGGUUUAAAACAUUUCUUAUCACAUCAAAAACCUGAUGAACCAAUGAUAAAUCAUUUAAAAACAUUACUGUUAAAAGCAUUUGAAGAAUAUUGUGAAAACAAUCUUAGUGUUGAAGCUGAAGAAGCAAUCAUAAUUGCUUCUUUUCUCAAUCCCACAACAUACUUUUAUUUGCAUGAAGACGAAAAAUUUAUUAAAAAAGCAAAACAAUUGAUUGUGUUGAAAUCGAAAAGUGAAAAAUUUGCAUCAACGCAUUUGUCUUCAUCAAAUUCAAUAACUUCAGCACGUUCUAUUCCAAAAAUGGUGAAAAAACCAUUACUGGCAAUUGAAACAUUUUUAUCUAAUUGUGAAGCACUAUUACCAACAUCAUCAUCAACAUCUUCAACAAAAAUAUUUACGAUUCAUCAAGAAAUUGGCUAUUACAUAUCUUCAAUCGAAAAAGAAACAGAUUUUCAAGAAUAUUGGAAUAAAAAUCAAAAUUAUUUGCCUAUAUUAAGUCGUAUGGUGCGACACUAUUGCAUCAUAACAAUAACAUCAGUUGCAAGUGAAAGUGCGUUUUCAAUAGCUGGAUACAUACAACGAAAACACCGUUCCUCAUUAUCUGCAAGAACUUUACGAUAUUCAAUGAUAUUACAAAAUUUAGAACCACAUUACAUUGAUUCCAAUUGA